AUGACACACCAAAAUUCUUGGCAACAUACUGCCGAUAUGCGGCUAUGGGUCAUUGCAGUGACGCUACAAACUCUCCUCCUCUCCGUCAAUUGCGGAAGUCACCACCAUCGUCGCUCUAUGGGCACGCAAGGCGUACAACCCAUUUCCAAAGGUGGUUGGAGACCAGUUGUUGGAUCCAGUGGACUUUUUUACGGAUCAUUCGGCCCUUCACAACUGCAUUCACAAGCUUAUAAGAUACCUAUCCCAGUUCUGGAUAUAUAUCAGUCUUCGUCGCGGCCAGUCCUCGCCAAGGACUCGAACAAACUGACAUCCAUUGCGCAAUCAUACCGUCCAACUACCCUUAGGACUGCAUCAUCUGCACCAGCAGUACCUGUCGCCAACCAACCUAUUAACUCUUAUUAUAAUCCUUUUACAUUACAAAACAAUGCCUACGCCAACUACAGGUUCGUUCAGAAUUACCCAUCUCAAAGCAUGGUAAUCAGAAACCCUUAUAAUACUUAUGCUGACCGUAAUAUAUAUACUAAAUAUCAAAAUAAACUCAAUCAAAACAACAAUCUCCAGAAUGCUAUGUUACAACAAUUGACUAAUAUCCAGCCAAUCCAGUUCGGACAAUACCAGUCGGUUAAGCCGUUAGACAUAUUUGGUAAACCAAUUGAAACUUAUGCUAGACCUAAUGACGGAAAGAUGACUCAAUCAAGCAAUAUUGAAACCUUCAAACCAGAAGUUUUCAAACUCGAUAAUGAUGCAGCGCCCCAGUUCAUCAAUCAACAAGUGAAAACAGCGCAGCAACAUAGCUUUUCAGGGUUGUCAAACAUCGGCAAUCCCUACAAUCAAUAUUCAUUUCAAGAUGGUCGUCUGCCACCGAACAUAUUAGGGACGUUUGGCACUUUUGGAGUACAAAGUGUGAAAGCAAGAGACCCCGUUUUUCCAUUUCCAACUACGUAUGGGCCCUCCCAGCAGACGAAGCAUACAAUAUUCAACUCUUUCAACUACACUCCUAAAUAUAAGACAACCCCAAACGUAUUCGAUACUACUACUCCAAGAACGCCAUCAACUGUGAAUCAAUUUAGUUUCGGAACAACCCAUAGUGAUCUGAAAAAUACGCCGACUCCUCAAACAAAGGAAUAUGUUCCUCCGAAGAUUGAUCCUAAUGCUGACCUCAAGGAUGGUUUCAAACCUAGUCCACAAGAUCCUUUCUCGAAUAAGAAUCGCCAAAGCGACCGAAACAAAAUAUCCGUAACUACGUAUAACCCAGUAGUGCCGACAACCACAUUAUCAAAUAAUUAUUAUAACUACAAUUUCCCUUCAUAUCAAAGUCCCCAGGCUCAAGUUUAUCAAGAUCAACAUAAUUCGAACUUCAACUACGAAAAGAAAAAGUUACUUCAGGAUAGUAUUACAGCUGGUAAUCAACAACCUGCUCAUGUAAAAACAAAUUCAGAAAAUGCUCAAAGCCCUUACCAGUCUGCCUACGAGGUUACAGAAGCCUUUGAUUCGGAACAUGGUACGCAAUCCUCCCCAGCACCUUGGUCAGUGACGCCUAUAACAUAUGAAUACAAUAACCAGCAAACCACCGAACAGUCGGAGAAGAAACACGGGUUUGUCGAAACCCUGAGUAGGCCCGGUACUACGUUUACUCCCGACCUGCCUGAAGAAUUUGCGAUCGUAACCGAAUCGGAGAAGGGCCACGGCAACUCUUUAAGUUACGACGGUCAAGUCGAAUCUCAAAGUAGACGGCCAUUAGGCGAUGACUUCGAGCCCAUCGGCAUUGACAAGCUUAAAGACUAUUACUACAGGGUAUCAACACCUGUGUACGACGAUAACGUUACGUCAAAACGAACGAAGCCUACUGAAUCGGCUAAAUAUACUUCUACACAAGAAAUUACGACUCAGUUUCACCGUAUAAGAGAAAACAACACAGAACAGCAAGUGGAGGCUCUGCCAACAUUACCUACUACUCAACACUACAAGCGCCCAACCCCAGCGUCAGACAUUAACGAUAAGGAUAGGAAUCGCAAGAGGAACAAAAUUAGGAGGCGCCGUCCACCACUAGCUAACCGUAAUAAAGAAGAAACUAGCACCCCUCGGGUAACUACGACGUUCUCUACUACUGAGGCGGCACUAACCACGAACGCAGAGGAAGUUUACACAAUUAGACCUAGAGUCAGAACAACUAAGUCACAGCCAAACUUGACCACACCGACCGUCACCACUGACUUAACAACCAGUGCCUUACCAACAAUCUCGCCAACUACACCGACCAUACUGAAAAAGAAACUUGGUCAUCGUCGACCCAUACCCACCUCUACGGUCAGGCCUGAAACGACCACGUUAAAUAUUACUCAAGAUGAACAUAAAGACUCCCAAAUAAUGAAAAUUACUAGUCGUCCUAAUUUACCAAAGGUGACCUAUGGUUUUAGAAAUGACUUUACUCAUAAACAAGACGAAAAAGAUACACCUACAAGCGAUGUCGCUGUAAGUUUAUCAGAUUCUUUGAAAACGCAGGUGGAGAGUGAACAAGAUUUUUCAUUUCAUAAAGACGUGAAACCUAUUGAAGCUAAACUAGAACCAGUGACGAAUAUGAAUAAGGAAACGACAACCGAUUUUUACAAGGAAGAAACUAGUGACUACACUACAACUCCGAGAAGUACAGAGUUACCUACAACGGAACGAUCACAAAGGCCACGACUUCGAAACAAAUUCCACAGGAAUAGACUUAAUGUGAAAGAUUACAGGAACAGAUUAAGUUCUACCUCAAGCACAACAGAAAAACCUGUCGAAAAUACACCUAAAGUACGAUUUCCACAGAGAAGAGUGCCUUAUUUUGACAUUGAAAGUGAAACCACAACAGAAAGGAAGAGAUUUACACCUAAAGACCCGAGACACAAGAUUGGGAACGGUACAGAAAACAAUGAGCAAACUUCCAAAACAACCGAAAAAGAAAUACACACUAUCAGGCCGAGUAGACAGAGACAGACGACAACGGAUAACACUGAAAUGACCACAGUUAAAACAUCGUCUCGUAUUCGUAACGGACAACGCAGACCACGACCUCCAGAAGAAACUACCGAAACAUCUAGUUCAACGACACACGGCAAAAGGCCUUUGAGAAAAGCGGUGAAGGAUUCCGAGGUAGCUGAAUCUGUUCAAGACAUUACUAUAACGGAAAAUGGUGUAAAUGAAAAAUAUGAUAUAACGUCAGAGAGAGCACGAUCGGAAAGUGCAAUAAUGAAAAUCGCUGACAAAAAACAUCUUGAACCUCUAGAAAAUUUGUUCGAACAUUCUAAAAGGGUGUCGGAUUUAACUUUGGCAGCAAGUAAAGAUUACAACAAUACGGGUUUGUUCAAAACCGUAUCUUCGAAUAGCAGACGAAUACCGAAUUACUUUACGAUAGCUACAGACGAUCCGAUCCUGCCGAUUGAGGCGUUCUUUCCACAACUGAACCAAAAAAAGGAAUCGUAA